AUGAAGGGCGCGUCAACUCUCCUCAUGGCAGGCCUCGCCUCGGCGGUCGGCGCUGCCCGCAUCGCCGGCGGCUCGCCCUGCUCCUCGCACCCUCCGGCCGCGACCUCCUCAGUGCCCACCAACCCCACGGGACCAAAAUACUUCAUCACUUUCGGUGAUUCCUACUCGCAGAGCGGCUUCAGCUUCUCCGGUACGAAGCCGACGGCUGAGAACCCCCUUGGCAACCCGCCUCUGCCAGGCUGGACGGCCAGCGGCGGCUUGGGUUGGAUCGCCUUCGCGGCGACCGAGUACAACAAGGAUGUGCUGCUAUCGUACAACCUGGCCUACGGCGGCGCCACGACGGCAGCAGACCUGGUCACGCCUUACGCGCCCGAGGUGCUGAGCUUCGAGGACCAGGUCCAGGAUCUGUUCGUCCCCAACCUCGCCGUUGAGCCUCACCCCUCCUGGGCGCCUUGGGAGGCCGACAACACGCUUGUCGGUGUUUGGAUCGGCGUCAAUGAUGUCGGUAACACUUUCUGGUUCUCCGACAUUCAACAGCGGUACGAGACCAUCAUGGUUCGCUACUUUGGUCUCCUGCAGACCGUCUACGACGCCGGCGCGAGGCAAUUUGCCAUCCUCAGCGUCCCCCCCACCUGGAGAACCCCUGCUUUCCUCUCGCAGGGCCAGACAAACACGGGUGCCGUCGCCACCGCCAUCGACCUGUACAACGAUCUGAUCCAGGAGCACCUCGCUGCCUUCAAGGCCGCCAACCCCGACGCCAAGACCUGGCUCGUCGACACGGCGCUGCCCUUCGACAAGGCGCUCGCCAACCCGACUGCCUACGGCGCCCCCGACGCUACCUGCUGGAACGAGGACGGCACCAGCUGCCUAUGGUUCAACGACUACCACCCCGGCGUGGCCAUCCAGAAGCUCGUCGCCGAGGAGGUUGCCAAGGUCGUCGGCGCGCCCUUCUUCCAGGUCUGA